UCCACCCCCAGGAGUUAUUAAUUUCAGAACACAUUCAAUUUCCUUCGCUCUAGUAGACACUUCAGGAGAGGAACAGGCAGCUUUUGGCCAGGAUCAUUCUGCACACAAGUCCUUAUCUCAGGGCACCAGUUCCUCCUAGAACUGUCUUCCACAGUGUACUUUGAAGAUCUUCCUCUGGUGUAACUUGGUGUCUGAGAUCCAUGCAGCGGUCCUCAUCCUCCUGAAGGAACUGCAGCUUCCUCUCAGAAACGCUCCGGCUGUCUUGAGCUUUGCCUUGGGAAACAUCCAGCAGGGACCUGGUUGAAAGGCACUUCCUAGUGUGGUGUUCCCGGCAUGGAGGUGAAGAACUUCGCAGUUUGGGACUAUGUCGUAUUUGCAGCCCUCUUUGUUGUUUCCUCUGGAAUCGGGGUGUUCUUUGCCAUUAAGGAGAGGAAAAAGGCAACAUCUGCGGAAUUCUUGGUAGGGGGAAGGCAAAUGUCCUUUGGUCCUGUAGCCCUGUCCUUAACAGCCAGCUUCAUGUCAGCUGUCACUGUCUUGGGGACCCCUGCUGAGGUCUACCGCUUCGGGGCCUCCUUCAUCCUCUUCUUCAUUGCCUAUGGAUUCGUUAUUAUCUUCACAUCAGAGUUUUUUCUCCCUGUGUUCUACAGAUCUGGCAUCACCAGCACCUACGAGUACCUAGAACUACGCUUCAACAAACCAGUUCGCUAUGCAGCGACCGUCAUCUACAUUGUGCAGACGAUUCUCUACACAGGGGUGGUGGUGUAUGCCCCUGCCCUGGCGCUCAAUCAAGUGACUGGGUUUGACCUCUGGGGCUCCGUGUUUGCCACGGGAAUCGUCUGCACAUUCUACUGCACCCUGGGAGGAUUAAAAGCAGUGGUGUGGACAGAUGCGUUUCAGAUGCUUGUCAUGAUUGUGGGCUUCUUAACGGUUCUUAUUCAAGGAUCCAUUGAAACUGGUGGAUUCCACAAUGUGUUAGAGCAAGCUGCAAAUGGAUCCCGGCUGCAGAUAGCUGAUUUUGAUGUAGAUCCUCUCCGGAGGCACACAUUUUGGACAAUCUCGGUCGGAGGAACUUUCACAUGGCUCGGCAUCUAUGGAGUUAAUCAAUCAACCAUCCAGAGGUGCAUCUCUUGCAAAACAGAAAAGCAUGCUAAGCUUGCCUUGUACUUUAACUUGCUGGGCCUCUGGAUCAUUCUGGUGUGUGCAGUCUUCUCUGGAUUAAUCAUGUAUUCCUAUUUCAAAGACUGCGACCCUUGGACUUCUGGCAUGAUCUCAGCCCCGGACCAGCUGAUGCCAUAUUUCGUCAUGGAACUAUUUCACAAAAUGCCAGGACUUCCAGGACUUUUUGUGGCCUGUGCCUUUAGUGGAACUCUGAGCACUGUGGCUGCCAGCAUCAAUGCCUUAGCAACCGUGACGUUUGAGGAUUUUGUCAAGAGCUGUUUUCCCCAUCUGUCAGACAAGACGAGCACCUGGACCAGUAAAGGCUUAUGUCUCCUGUUUGGCAUUCUCUGCACAUCCAUGGCUGUGUUGGCUUCCCUCCUGGGGAGUGUCAUACAGGCUGCCCUCAGCAUCCUGGGCAUGUGUGGGGGACCCAUGCUCGGCUUAUUCUCCUUGGGACUCAUGUUUCCUUUUGUGAACUGGAAGGGUGCACUGGGCGGCCUCCUUACUGGAAUCACGUUGUCAUUUUGGGUGGCCAUAGGGGCCUUCGUGUACCCUGCACCAGAUUCUAAGUCACGGCCUUUGCCUUUAUCAACGGAGCAGUGUGUCCCAACAAAUCUGACCACAUCCGCACCUUCGGUCUUCCCCAGCAGACCGGAACUAGCGGACACCUGGUACUCACUCUCCUACCUGUACUACAGCGCAGUGGGCUGCGUGGGAUGUAUUCUUGCGGGACUACUCAUCAGCUUCGUGACAGGUCUCCAGCGAGGUGAAGAUACCAACCCACUCUUAAUUAGACCAGUUUGCAAUUUAUUUUGCUUUUGGUCUGAGAAAUACAAAACUCUUUGCUGGUGUGGAGUGCGUCACGACCAAGGGCCCGAGCAGGAUAAUCUUGAUGGCAGUACCUGGAAACAUGCAGCUGAAUCUGUGUUCCAGAAUGGGCUCGGGAGGGAAAGCCUGACCCAUGCACCAGGUUACAACCCCAAGGACAAAAGCUAUGACAAUAUGGCGCUGGAGAAGAUUACCCACUUCUAGGACAAUGCAUGCAUGUGUGCACACGUACAGACGUGCUCCACAUACUUCUUGCUUGCUGUUAGUAGAUUUGUGUGGUGGUCAUGGUUAGAAGACAAGGAGGUUCGAUAACUAUUUAUGUACUUAUUUAUACAAAUAAAAUGGUUCUUUCCCAGGAUACUCUUUGGAAAGCCUCACACUUCAGGUGAGAAAAUUGGCCAGUCUCAAGGGCCUAAUGAUUUCAUUCUUGAAUAAAUCAGGACUGGAUUGAA